AUGAACAAGGCAGGAAAAACGGAAGAAAUAUACAAACAUAUGGAGGUAGAUGGAUUACGAUUCCAUCGAUGGUCUGAAGAUAAACAUGCGGUUGUUCACAAAUUCAAAGAGAUAAGAAACCCAAAUAUUUUGUUCUGUGAUGGAUUGAGUAAUUUAUUUUUCUUGGAAGUUGAUCAUGAAGGGAAAACGAUGCUUGAAGAAGCAUCUGCAUUGGGACAUUUUAAUUCAACAUUUGUCUUGGGAAUGAUGUUGUUGGCAGAAGGCAGACAGAGGAUGCAGGAAGCUUUGGACAUGUUGAACAAUGCUUACCGAAGAACAAAAGGUACUUGGAAUCCUAGAGCAACCUAUUCCAAGGUUCAUUUCCACUUAAAUAGGUACGGGAGAAAACAUGUGCACUUCCAUGGCUUCCAUAGAACUUGUGUAAUGCAUAGGUUUGUGAUUAGUGUGUCAGACGCUUUCUUUGAAGAGCGCAAAUCGAUGGCUAGGUGUCAAAUUUUUUUGUGGGAUGCUCGUUUCAUUAGGUUUGCUGGGGAGUUUGGAAUCAUUUAUAAGUAG